AUGUCUCUCUCGCUCUUCUGCCUGCCUUCGCAACUCUCCUUCGUGUCUCUCUCGCUCUUCUGCCUGCCUUCUCAACUCUUCUGCCUGCCUUCGCAACUCUCCUUCGUGUCUCUCUCGCUCUUCUGCCUGCCUUCUCAACUCUUCUGCCUGCCUUCGCAACUCUCCUUCGUGUCUCUCUCGCUCUUCUGCCUGCCUUCGUUCCGCUUCCGUUUUACGAGGAGUGAGGUACGUGGCGAAAUAUAUUUCUGA